GUCCCUUCUCUCUACCGAUACCUUUGAGAGCAGGACUGAAAAAUAGAUACGUUUCUUAUUAUGCUUCUGCAGGACAAACUCAUUGUCCUCUAAAGAAAACACAUUGUGGAAACAGGAUGGAGUUGACCAGUGAAAAGUUGCCCAAGGACCCCUUGUAUAUCUCUCUAUCCCAGUAUGCUGCCAGGAACCCACACUUCUUCCAGUGGACAAAGGGGAAGACUGAUCAUUACAACCAUGCUCAUUUGGUGGAUAAAGCAUUGCAGCUCUUGCAGGAAAGAAUAAGAAGAGGGGAUGCUAUGGCAUAUUUCCUACGGGGUCAACUGUAUUUUGAAGAGGGAUGGUAUGAAGAAGCAUUAGAACAGUUUGAAGAAAUCAAGGAACAGGAUCAUCAAGCAACUUACCAGCUGGGAGUAAUGUACUAUGAUGGGCUGGGGACAGCUGCAAAUGCUGAAAAAGGAGUGGAAUAUAUGAAGAAAAUAGUUGAUUCUCCAUGUCCCAAAACAAGACACUUACAUUUCGCAGCUGCUUACAACCUUGGAAGAGCUUAUUAUGAAGGGAAAGGCGUUCAACGAUCAACCGAGGAAGCUGAGAGGCUGUGGCUUUUCGCUGCAGACCAUGGGAAUCCAAAGGCCAGCGUGAAGGCUCAAAGCAUCCUCGGGCUGUAUUAUUCAAGCAAGGAGCCCAAAGAGCUGGACAAGGCAUUUUACUGGCAUUCAGAAGCAUGCGGCAACGGAAACCUGGAGUCCCAGGGUGCACUGGGGCUCAUGUACUUCUACGGACAAGGCAUCCGCCAGGAUACAGAGGCUGCCCUGCAAUGCUUAAAGGAAGCCGCGGAACGUGGGAAUGUCUACGCUCAAGGGAAUCUCGUGGAGUAUUACUAUAACAUGAAAUUCUUUACGAAGUGUGUUGCAUUUUCCAAAAGGAUUGCCGACUACGAUGAGGUCCAUGACAUCCCCACGAUAGCCCAGGUCACGGACUGUCUCCCGGAGUUCAUCAGCAGAGGCAUGGCCAUGGCCUCUUUCUACUACGCACGGUGCCUUCAGCUUGGCUUGGGGAUCACAAAGGAUGAAGCGAUGGCUAAGCACUAUUACUCUAAGGCUUGUCGUCUGAAUCCUGAAUUGGCAGAUGAACUUCACUCGUUACUUAUUCAUCAAAGAAUUUAG